AUGGGCUACAACCCCCCUAGUCAAAAGCAUUCAGGCACAACCGCUUUGACCAAGACCCACCAGCACAACAACAAGGAGGGCCAGCAGGACGUGGACCACUGGAGAACCACCCUCAGCCCCUUAGACACCUCUAAGUUCAAGUACCAGGCCCAUUCUCCCCGAGAACCCGAGCCAGCACCUCAGGGCAGGACCGCCAGGAGGGCACCCGCCUUCCCCUCAGGCACUGCCAGCUGGGAUUCUCUGGGAAUGGAACCACAUAGUGGGGCCCUGAAGAAGAGGGGUUCCAGACCUUUCUCUAGAGAGGACAGAGCGAAUUUCCAAGAGGGGGUUCAACAAGAGGAAGGUCCCAACUCCAGGACCCAGGAGCAGAGGACUUCACCUCUGAGUCAGAAAGGCAGUGUCAUUCCUAACAACAUUCGUCACAAGUUUGGAAGCAAAGUGGUGGACCAGCUUGUCUCCGAGGAGCAGGCUCGGAAGGCCAUCAGUGAAGUUUUCGAGGACCAGAAGAGGACAAGCUUGUGGUCCACCAGGACCCAGAGUCCUGCAAAAGUCUCCACCAUCUUCUCAGACUACUAUGAUUUGGGUUACAACAUGCGGUCAAACUUGUUUCAAGGGGCUCCCCAGGAGACAAAGAGUCUCAUGAAGGCUUCCUACACUCCAGAGGUCAUUGAGAAAUCAGUGAGGGACAUAGAACACUGGCAUGGCAGAAAGACAGAUGAGCUGGGACGAUGGCACCAGAAAAAUGCUAUGAACAUGAACUUGCAGAAAGCACUAGAAGAGAAAUACGGAGAAAAGAGUAAAUCUAAGAGUUCAAAGUACUAG